UACACCAACAUAUAUAUAUUUCUAACAAUACAAUAAAAUCUAUACAUACAAGGUAAUUAGUGUUGAUAUACUAGAAAAAAUGGGGAGCACCGGAAGGAUGGUCUUAUUUGUAAUGUUAACUUGCAUGGUUGUGGCAGCACCCUACGCCGAGGCUCUUACUUGUGGUCAAGUUGCAAGCGGCGCGUUACCAUGCCUAGGCUACCUACUUAAAGGUAGUCCUCUGCCACCCGCUUGUUGCACUAGUGUUAAGAGACUCCUUGGUGCGGCAAACUCAACCCCAACCCGUCAGACUCUCUGUAAUUGCUUACAAAAUAUUUACAAAUCCAACCCAGGCAUUGAUUUGGGUAAAGCGGCCGGUCUACCUGGAAAGUGUGGUGUCAACGCCCCUUUCAAGAUCAGCCCUAGCACCGAUUGCUCCAAGGUACACUAAUUAAGGAUGAAUCAUAUCUAAUACAUGGAAGAAUCGAUGUAAUGUUGAUUCCACGGAAGCAUAUAUUAAUUCCGUAUAUAUAAUUUCAUGUAUAAUAUAUAUCGAAGGCAGUCAGGGCAUCCUCGGUCUUCUUCAUUAAAGACGUGUAUGACUUAAUAUG